CGAAAACUAAAGAUGGUGCUUGUACUCUAUGGCAAUGAGCUGAGUCCUCCGGUGCGCGCAGUGCUCCUAACACUUCGUGAGCUGCAGCUGGAGCAUGAGUUUCGCAACGUGGAUCUAAUGGCGGGCGAGCAUUUGCUGCCGGAUUUUGUGCGCAAGAAUCCGCAGCAUACGGUGCCCUUGCUGCAGGACGAUGAGAGCUACAUCGCUGACUCGCACGCCAUCAUUGGCUAUUUGGUUAAUAAAUAUGCGCAGCAGGAUACGCUUUAUCCCCAGGAGCCCAUACAACGCGCCGCAGUGGAUCAGCGUCUGCAUUACGAGUCCAGCGUGCUGUUCAACAAUUUGAAGCAACUAAAUCUGCUGCUGUUCAAGCAAAAUGUAACCGAAUUGCCCAAGGAUAAGCUGGCCGAACUUUACGACAGCUAUGCGCUGCUGGAGAAAUUCUUAGAGCUCACCACCUAUCUGGCUGGCGAGCAUUUAACCAUUGCUGACUUUAGCACUGUGGCCACAGUUAGCACUUUGAAUCUAACCUAUGCCCCACUGGAUGCCGACAAGUAUCCCAAAUUGUGCGCCUGGCUGGCUCGUUUGGAGGCGCUGCCUUAUUACGAGCAGGCCAAUCUGCAAGGAGCGCGUUUAUUGGCGGACAAGGUGCGUGCCAAGCUGCCCAAGCAGUUUGACAAGCUGUGGCAAAAGGCUUUUGCGGAUAUUAAAAGUGGCGCUGGCAAGCAAUAAGCAAAUUACAGUGCCAUAUGCCAGGCAAGUGCUAAUAUGCCUCAGCAUAAUUGUUAUAUAGGGUAUAAUGAUGUUUGCAAAACUUGCCAACUUUUUGCGCUCAUUAAAAUUAUAAAAAAAAACUUGCAGUCAAAACAUAGAAA